AUGUUGAGAAUGCAAUUGUUAGCAGCUGCUACGGUUCGGACAUCUCCGACACACAGAAAUGCCUCUACCAGGACAAUAAUCAACACAGUAACAAAGAAAAAUAUUGCUAAAAUAGAGAAAUUAUAUGAGAUUUUCAGAAUCAAUUCUAACGCUCACGGAGAAAAGAUACACUUACCGACUAAAGAGCUGACUAAGCUGCUAUACACCACAAGCAGCAAUAUGCUAGUCCAAGUAUCAGUAAGUGGAAAACUAAGCACGGGCAACGCUUUUCAGACAAGAAAUGAAACUUUACAAAAAUUAGGUGAGCAACUCAUCGGAUUAGAAAUCAAUAAGAUGCUAACGAUAACGUUCACCAAUUUCAAUCGGUACAAUAUAAUAAACAAAAAUUUCAACUAUAUUCACAAUUUAAAGCAACCUCGAAUGGUGAACUCGAACUCAAUAACCUGGCUUAUCAACGAUUCCUUGAAGAUCAAGCAAAUAGCUCAUUUGCGAAUGCCUGCCAUCCUACCCAAGGAAAUGGGAUUGAAUUCCGGUUCCAAAGACUUCCAGAAUUUAAAUGAUUGGAAGGUGAUAUUGUCUUUUGUUGGUUACCUGAAAUUACUGGACAAUAAAUUUAUUAAUGAAAUACUUGUUGAUUCGAUCAUAGAAAUUAUAUGCCUACCUCUAAUCAAUUUUCAUUUGCGUAAACUAUAG